GGAUCAUCUGACAAUGUGCGAAUGGGGGCGUAGACGAAAACUACAGCAGGGAAAGUAGUGAGACUGCGAGGCAAGAGGACAGCAGCGGCACCGGGCAGUGAGGCGGAGCCGGGUACCGAGCAGACAUGGAUGAUUUUUUAAAUAACCUCCUUUCUAAAGAAUGGGUGGGGUCAACAAGCGAAGCAGCUUCUCCUUCUUUUCCUUAUGUUGAUAUCAUUGAGCAACCCAAGCAGCGAGGAAUGCGUUUUCGAUACAAGUGUGAGGGUCGCUCUGCAGGCAGUAUUCCUGGUGAGCGUAGCACAGAUACAAACAAAACUCAUCCUACCAUCAAGAUUAAUAAAUACCAGGGCCCAGCCAGGAUAAGAAUAUCUUUAGUCACCAAGGAUUCCCCUCAUAAACCACACCCCCAUGAAUUGGUUGGGAAGGAUUGUAUGGAUGGCUAUUAUGAAGCAGACUUAUCCGCAGACCGUAAUAUUCACAGUUUCCAGAACUUGGGCAUUCAGUGUGUAAAGAAGAGGGAAGUAGAAGAGGCCAUCAAACAUAGGAUAAGGACAAACAAUAACCCAUUUAAUGUGCCAAUGGAGGAUCUAAAGUAUGAAUAUGAUCUGAAUACAGUUUGUCUUUGCUUCCAAGUCUUCAUUCGAGACCCGAGUGGGAACCACUUUAUGCCAUUACCGUUGAUGGUGUCACAGCCCAUCUAUGACAACAGGGCACCUAACACGGCGGAGUUGAAGAUCUGCAGAGUAAAUAAGAAUUCUGGCAGCUGCCUAGGGGGGGACGAAAUCUUCUUGCUGUGUGAUAAAGUGCAGAAAGAAGAUAUAGAGGUUGUUUUCACGCUGGGGAACUGGGAGUGUCGCGGUUCCUUCUCACAGGCAGACGUUCACCGGCAGGUGGCUAUAGUGUUUAAGACGCCGCCAUUUCAGGAUAUUAACAUCCGCCAACCUGUUAAGGUGCAAAUGCAGCUGAGGAGGCCGUCUGACAAAGAAGUCAGCGAACCCAUGGAGUUUCAGUACCUACCUGAUGAAGGAGACCUUCAUCAUAUCGAGGAAAAGCGAAAAAGGACACUUGAAUCCUUCAAGCACAACAUAAAGAAGAAUCCAUUUGCGCCAGGAGGAGAUGUACGAGCUCCACGUAGAAUUGCUGUGCCGAGCCGUGUGCUAAAGACAGAACCUAUGUCUCCUGCCAUGAGACCUUCCCCUCAGCCAACCCCCCAAGUGGUCACUCCAAGUCAGUACUCUUUGUCCAUGGUAAAUACCAACCCAGUGCCACAACCCCAGAAUCUUCCCUCUACCGUUAAUUUCAGCGACUUCAGCAGCUUGGGGUUUUCGAUGCAAGCUCAACCCAUGCAGCCAACUGUACAGUCUGAUGGUGAGCGCUUGGACUCUUUCCUAGGCUUCUCUGCCAUCCAAGAAGAGCUGGCUAGUAUGUUUCAGAGUGACCCGGAGAAUAUAUGCACUAGCCUCAGCUCUAUUGACAAUAGCGAUUUUGGCCAACUGCUGAGUGAAUCCCAGGGAUCGUCAACGCUCUCAUCAGCAAUGCAAGAAUCUAGUUCUAGUCAGGGUUCAAUCAUGGCCUACCCAGAAUCCAUUGCUCGACUUAUGGCCAAUAGACCAAACAAUGAGGCUGGUGGAGGAGAGACAGAGGACAGAAUUGACAGCAGCCUAAUAAAUGGGAUUUUUGAUAUGCAGCAAGGAGAGUCCUUGACAUCCAUUGACUUUGACUUUGCAUCACUCAUUGGAAACAUGAACUGACAAGCCAGAGUUUUACAGCUUGGUAUUAGGUGGCAAGAGCCAGCUAAAGGAGAUUAAGCCAUGUACACAUCCUCUAAACAGCCCCAUGAGUUGGGCUUGUUCAAUGUUUUAUGAAAUAUCAGUUGUGGUGUCAUCACAGGGUCUAUGGAUUAUGGAGGCAAACAAAGGUUCCUCUGUGUAGUCUGUGCUGGCCAUGUCUAACUUGCCUACCUUGUUUUAGGAGUGACUGAGUGCUACUAUCCGUGGCCUGUGUAUAUAUGAAAUCAGAUCACUGACCUGACUAUAGUGUUGAAGAUGUCAUCUAUUUUCACAAGACAUUAAUACCAAUGUAGGCCUUGCAUGUCAACACAGCAAGUGGCUUCAUAUCCUGUGGGAUUUCUCUGUAGAUGCCAAACCACUUCUGCUCAUCCUGUAUAGAAACCCACCAAGUCUUGACUAUCUGCUUUAAAUUAUACAACCCAAGUCAGCUUACUUUAAACUUGAGUGUCCUUCAGGAUUGGAGAAUAACUCUUGCUAGAGUGACCAGUUUUAGUCAACACACACAGUCUGUCUACCUGAAGUCAGCAAUUUCUAUGGGAUAAUUUCAAUAACGCUUGACUUUACUGAACUCAAGGUCAACGAACUUAAAAUAAUGACAUAAAAAUAUGUUUUCAUCUAGCAAAAUAUGCAGAAAAUUAAACAAUAUUAGUUAUUUUUCUAUAAAAAAAAAAUUUACAAUUUGUGUACCUGUUUCAUCAUUGACACGCAGUAGUGUAUCGUGCAAGUUAAUACGAUGAGUCCUAUACCGCCUGCUUUGCCAACCGCAUGAGAUAUAAGCAGUUUAGGUUAAUGAAUGCCUUUCAUAUCAGUACAGCACAAUACUUAUUUUAGCUUGUAAGAUGCCACACACACAGGUGAUCUCCCCAUUCAUAGACUGAUCGUAACUUUUCUUUCACAUAUAAGGUCACACAUUUACAUUUAAUGAACAGUUUCAAGAAACCCACAGUGUGUAUGCUACAUAAUGUAAAAAAACUCAUAUCUUAUAUGCAGAGAUAUAUUGUGUAGGCUACAUAAUUCAAAAUAAUUUGUGUCUUCCAGGAAAAUACGUUGUGUAUGCAACAUAACAGUGUUUCUUAUAUGUUGAAAAAUGUGUUUGCUACGUUAUAAUUUUAAGAAAACUCUUAUAUGCUGAAAAAUACAUUAUGUAUGCUACAUGAGUUCACAGAAAAUAGUAUGUCUUAUGUACUGAAAAAAUGUAAGUGAUUGUGUAGUUGGCCAGAAAGAAAUGCCCAGUUCCUGUCUUAUUAGCCAGUGCAGGAGUCUUAACAAAACCUUUUAUCAGGAGACAAAGGAGAUGGGGCGCUAUUGAUUGUCACAAAUUUAGCGGUGCUUAGUGUAUAACUUUGUGCCUUUUUACAAGUAGCGCUACAUGGAAGUUAACGCAGUGAUAAGUUAGUGUAAGAUGUCCUAUGAAGGAGUACAUUGCAUUGUUCAAAAAAAUCCAUCAAUGGUCAAGUGACACCAUAUAUCGAUGCAUAGAUCCUAGAAUUUGUUCUUUAAAUAUUAACUUUAAUGUACCAGAGCAGGGCUCAGCUGGUGGAUAUGUGCAUAUUUGUUUCCUGAUUGGCUCAUGAGCCGUUAGCUCCACUUUAAUCACCUGAAAUACAUAGUAAGCCAAGGCAUUUUAACAGAGUGUUCCUCUAGUCGCACAGUUGUAUAAAAAAACACGGCGUCUUUUUUAGAAGAUAGCAAUGAAAUGUAUUCUUGUAUUAUGCUUGGAAUCUGUUUUUUUGCAGACUGCCCCUUAUUUCAGUUCUUUUGACACACUUUUUAGCCAGUGCUGACUCAUAAGUAACCCCACAAGAGUGAGCACAAUAUUAUCUAUAUUACACACAUGAACCAGUGCUCUCUAGCUGUGAAAAACUGUUGAUAUGCACUGAGAUAAGAGGCAUCCUUUAAGAUCAUAGAAAUUAGCAUAUGAGCCUACAUAGAUUUAGCUUUCAACAAAGAAUGCCAAGAGAACAAAGCAAAAUUGAUGAAAAAAAGUAAAUUGGAAAGUUAUUUAAAAUGACAUGCCUUAUCUGAAUCAUGAAAGUUUAAUUUUGACUAGACUGUCCAUUUAAUUCAAUAUUAUAUAUAUUUUUAAAUAAGAGGAAACACAACUUGUAAAUCAUUUCUGGGUGGACGUAGGCAGAGGCAGCUACUUUCUUUAUACAAGUGCACAAAAGAUACAGAUUUCCUGGCUCCUAAAAGUACUUUUUUAAUAUAAAAUUAAAAUAAAAAAAUUUGUAGGUUUUAUAAUCUGCAAUACAAGUCAAAAUGUUUAAUCAGUUUAUUUAUGUAUUUUCCAAGGAAAAAAGACAACCCUUUAUUAAAAUAUUUGUCAUGAA